AUGGACACUGGUUCCAAGAUCAAGAAGGGCGCUGGCGGAAGGAAGGGUGGCGGCCCAAAAAAGAAGCCCGUGUCGAGAUCUGUCAAGGCUGGUCUCCAGUUUCCGGUUGGAAGAAUUGGUCGCUACUUGAAGAAAGGGAGAUACUCGCAGCGGGUGGGAACCGGUGCGCCUGUUUACUUGGCUGCUGUUCUUGAAUAUUUAGCUGCUGAGGUCCUUGAGUUGGCUGGAAAUGCUGCGCGUGAUAAUAAGAAGAACAGGAUUAUUCCCAGACACGUUCUUUUGGCUGUGAGGAACGAUGAGGAGUUGGGUAAAUUGCUUGCUGGGGUUACCAUUGCUCAUGGAGGUGUGCUUCCCAACAUCAACCCUGUUCUGUUGCCUAAGAAGUCUGACAAGGCUUCCAAGGAACCAAAAUCUCCAUCCAAGGCCACAAAGUCUCCUAAAAAAGCCUAA